AGUUUGAUCCCAGCCCCCCCCAGUGCCCCCAGUGCUCCCAGUAUAACCAGUGCCCGCAGGAAGAGCGCUGACGGGGCCCUGCAGCGCUUCGACAAGAGCCUGGAGGAGUUCUACGCCCUGUGCGACCAGCUGGAGCUGUGCCUGAGGCUGGCCCACGAGUGCCUGGCGCAGAGCUUCGACAGCGCCAAGCACGCCCCCGCGCUGGUGCCCGCGGCCCCCAAGGGCGAGGGGGGUCCCGGGGGGGGCUCGGAGAGCCUGCCCUACACCCAGUACCUGCCCCUGAUCAAGGCGCAGAUCGCCGGCGCCAAGGACAUCCACAACGCCCUGCUGGAGGGCACCAACAAGAUCACGGGCAAGCUGCCGCCCCCGGGGGGGCCCUGACCCCCUCUGGGGGUCCUGACGGGAUUUUGGGGGGUCCUGAGUGGAUUCAGGGGGGUCCUGAGUGGAUUCAGGGGGGUCCCGGCUGGGUUUUGAGGGGUUUGGGGUGGGUCUGGUGGGGUUUGGAGUGGCCCUGGUGGCAUUUCAGGGCUCCUGAUCAGACUUUGGGGGGUCCUGGCUGGAUUUUGGGGGCUCUGAUGGAAUUUUGGGGUGUCCUGAGUGGAUUUCGGGGGUCCUGAUCUGAUUUUGGGGGUCCGGAUCAGAUUUUGGAGGGUCCCGAUCAGAUUUUGGGGACCCUGAUGGGAUUUUGGGGGGUCCUGGAUGUAUUUGGGAGGUCCUGAUCUGAUUUUGGGGGUCCUGAGUGGAUUUUGGGGGGUCCUGGUGGGGUUUGGGGGGUCCCGAUCAGAUUUUGGGGGGUCCUGGUGGGGUUUGGGGGGUCCCGAUCAGAUUUUGGGGGGCUUUGAUGGGAUUUUGGGGCCCCGGACCCCUGGGACCCCCCCAGAGCGGUGCUGAGGGGGGGGUUGGGCUGUUUUUGGGGGUUCUGGAGGCCCCCCCCAAUCCGGGUCCAGUGGUUUUAGGGUCAAACGUUGGAUUUUUGGUAAAUAAAGCCGAGUUUUGUUUUGUGA